CACGCGCGUCUGCGAGCCGUUUCUGUGCCCCUUUGGCGGUUCCGGCGAAGUGAGUUGUUACGACCACGGGCUCGGCGGGUUUCAGGCUGGAUCAUGGAUCCAGGUGCCCUGUAAGCCCGAGCGGCCUUUCUUAUCGCACUGGGAAAAACGACGCGUGGACUUUUAACACGCAACCACUGACGAGUAGGCUUAGAUGUUGGCCCGGUGUAGCGUUGUGUAUCGUACGCCUCCGGCGACGUUGACAACAGGAUGCAGAUAUCGACAGACUCUUUCCCAUUCAAGUUGGGCACCCGGCGCAAUGUGCUCCAGGUGAGCGACGCUUCUCCGGAACAAGAAGCCAUGGGCUCCGAGUCGAGACUGAAGCGCGCCGGCAGUUCGUUCGUCUCGUAUGUGGACCUCGGUGUUGGCGAGCGGUCGUCUGCACGCCCACCCGACACAGCGCCUCCUCCACCGGAUCUCAUACCGCAGGUGACACUGAAACCCGUGUUGUGCGACGGCGAAGUGGUGGUGACCGAGGUAGACAACGUGCUCAAGUUUAACACGUUUAGUGACUUGCGUAACGGCGUAUCAGGCGUACUUUUUUGCACUAACUUCAAGUUGAGCUUCGUCACCAUGGACACAAGCGGCGAAAGCAAGCCCCGAGCGCUCUGCGCAAACCGCGUAUUGGGUGAAAACGACAUUGGUCUCCUGAAUGUGGAAGCCCUGUUUCAACUCUCCGGGGGCCGCCGCAAGCGGCUGUCGCCACAGGCGGCCGCAGCGCAGUCCGUCGAGGUGCUGCAGGUCCACUGCAAGGACAUGCGCAUUUUCACAUUUUCCUUCAAGUUCUGUCAAAGUGACCAAUGCAGCGCCAAGGUGCUGCAAUUCCUUUCGCGACACGCGUUCGUCUCCAGCCUGGAUAAGCUGUUCUGCCCGCGCGGUGGCUCGAUCGGCAAGCGCGAACCGCCUUUCGAGAGCGCCCACGAGUGGGACGCCGAGCUUCGACGUUGCGCCGCCUCGAAGUUGUGGAGAGUGACCGAGCUGAACGAGCGUUUUCGCCUGUCGGGUGCGCUUCCCGGCCGGUUUGCGGUUCCGCGCCGUCUCGUCGACUGCAAGCUAGAACGCCUAGCGCAACACUUCUGCGACAAGCGUGUCGUCGCCUGGUGCUGGAGCCACGCAAGUGGCGCGGCGCUAGUGCGUGGUGCCGCCUCCGACACGGGCUCCGAAUCGGCGGACGCCGAGCGGCUGCAACUACUCGUCCAGUGUCUGGGCGCAGAGGUCCACUUGGUGAACCUGGAUCUUGAGUGCCCGAUCGUUCGCGAAGUUGGUUCCAGCUAUCACAAGCUUCAGGCGCUCUGCAUGCCAGCUGAUGAAGCGGAGUUUCUUGAGCAAGAGGCGCGUUUCUACGCGGCACUCGAGUCGACCCGUUGGUUGGAGUGCGUGUCAGGUUGCCUUAAGGUGGCACUCGCGGCCGCCAAGGUGAUAACAGAACGCAGAAAACACGUCCUGGUGCGUGAACAGACGGGCGCUGACAUGACUUGUGUGGUUGUCAGCCUGGUGCAGAUUUUUCUCGACCCUUACUAUCGAACACAGGUGGGCUUUCAAACCUUGGUUGAUAAAGAGUGGGUAGCUGCAGGUCAUCCGUUUCCAGAACGCCUGGACCAUCUGGGUCAAGGACGUGCAUCACCAGAAGCGGCACCGCUGUUUCUGUUCUUCCUCGAUUGUGUCUGGCAGCUUCAGGCACAAUUUCCUGCAGCGUUCGAGUUUUCAGAGUCAUAUUUGACUAACCUUUGGGACUGUACUCACGUGGGCAUCUAUGACACGUUCCUUUUUGGGAACAACCGGCAGCGAUGGGAAGUGUUGAAGGUACAGCCCUACCGCAACGUGUGGGAUUGGGUUGGUCCACAGUCACGCCUUUCUCCACAAGACCUGGAACUCUUCAAGAAUCCAUUGUAUCUGCUCCAGCGGUCCAAGGAGUUGCUCAACGUGAGAUCACAAGAAGGGGCUGGUGACCGAGGUGUACCAUCAUUUAACGAAGAUCUGCUCUGCCUGGACCCCACAGUGAAGUCGCUUUCAGUGUGGACACAGUGCUACUACCGCUGGAUUCCGAAAGCAGAGGUGGUUAAUGGUGAUCCAGCAACUCUCUUCCUCCACAACGUUCGCGUGGCCAGGGAUAUAAACUUUUUGGCUGCUCAGAUUCGACUGCUGAGAGAACACCGUGAAGGUGGGGAGAUGGUGCAGCUGCGGCACCGACGUUUGCCCUCAGACGAGUACUUCUUUGCCAUCCAACGUAGCUCUGCGCGCCCUGGUGUAGCAAUAGACAGUCAGCAUCUUGUGACUUCUUCAUUUCCAUUUGCACCUCCAGGUCCUGUAGAUUGGGGAAGCUGCCAUGUGCCUUCAGUAGCACCACUUCCAGACAAUGACUAUGGAGACUUGGAUGACUAACAUGACCUUAGUUUUCCUUUGAAGGGGGUCUUUUAAGUUAAUGGGCUUGUUUUGCCGAGUGCCGUGUCUGGUUUGGUUUCUUGCAAGGCAUGGCAGGCACAUAGCUGCUGUAAGGGCAUCAGCUAAGCCAUCUUGGGGCAUUUCUUUCACUUCGUUGGCUGCUGUUGAAUGUUUAAAUUGAAAAUGUUCAUCACAGCAUGGGGUGCCAGAUAUUUGUUAUAUUAGGUACUCGUACAGCUGUGGAAAGUUGUUUGACACUUUGUUCUGUGAAAACUUUUUGGUGUAGUGGGUUUUAAUAGCAGCUAACCUAACAGCUCAGCAGCCAAAUGUUAAUGCCUUGUUUCCUUGAUUUUGCGUUAUUCUGUGUUGGGCAGGGAUUUUGUUUUGUUCAUUAGUUGUUCCCACUGGAGGCUGUGGUGCUGUAUUGUUUGUGAAAGUUUUUUCAUUUUUCAUGUUUUUAGUGGCCCCUGUCUCCAAGCUUGAACAUGUGCUUGGCACAGGGCAUUGUUGAGCUUAGAAGGAACGUACCGGUAACUUAUUGUACAAAUUGUUUAAGCUCCUGCUUGUUUACUAGUGGCGAUAUGUUGUGGCUGUUAAUAUGUAUAGAGAAUGUAUUUUUUGUUUGAAUCUGUUCCUAUGCUGUGCGGAUUUUAUUUGCAAGAAAGCUGAGAUGGUGCAACUUUUCUAUAUAUAUAUUUUUUUUUUGUCUUGAAGAAGCCACUCUUCUUGUAAUUAGUUUUGCCAGUAUUGAAAGUGGUGAUGCAUAGUCCUGCAAUAUUAUGCUAAAAUUAAAUUUGCAAAGUAACCACUGCUGUGAGAGACAGUAUCAAAGUAGGCAAUAUGCCCUCUGUCCUCGAACCAGCCAUGAUUUGCUGGUUUUCUAUGUUCUUAUGGCCCACAAGCAGCAUAUAUCGUUGCUUCUGCUUUGCAUUCUUUGAUCCCUGGGGCCAAACUAAAUUCAGAAACUGUACAUUUUGGAUAGUUUCUUCAUGCAAUGACAUUAUUCCUAGCUUAGAACAAUGGUAGAUCUUUUAAAGAAUUGGUGGUACUAUGUACCAACCAGUACUUGAAAUGUUGAGAAAGCAAGUUGUACUGUAGUGCCCAAAGAAUGCAGUAAAGAUUGGCCAUUGCAUGUGCUAUCUGGUCCUGUCGGUAUUAAACAGAGGUCUCUGCUGUCACCCUCCUGUCUGUACAAAGGAGGCAGACUUGAGGCCACUAUUACAAUGAAAGACGCCUAUGCUGUGAUAGUGCGUAAAGACACCAUGGUAUGAGUUUAUAGUUUUGCAUCUACAAACUUGUGCAACAGGUAUUGAUUUUUUUCACAGUUGUGCAUUUUACUGCUGCAGUAAGCUUGAUAAUAUGGUUGGCACAGCACAGCUAUUCGCUUAAUUGAGCACUCUUGCAUGGCAUUAAGUCCUAUUGUACCUUACCUACAGCUGUCUGCUGAGAAUUUAGGCAUUCACGUUGAUCAGUUCUCUUAGGCUUUUGGAAAUGUUGAUAAAGGUAGAGUGGUCAAUAUUUUAAACCAUGUGCAAAAGCUGCGGCUAGUUUGAUAACACAUGCUUUGCUUCAAUUGCUGUAAGCUGACUGCAUUGGUUGUGUGUGGGUGUCCUUGUGCUCUUUGUGACCACAUAAGUCUGCAGUAGCAAUUUGCUAGGCUACUGUAGAACUAUGUCGAGACUGUACUGACUGUCAUGCCUUUUUAGGCACGUUCAGAAGUACUGGCAAGCUGUGUAUCAUUUUGGCAUAACUGUUGCUGUUCCAUCUUUGACGAUCUAAUAUUGCAUCUUUACCGUCUUUUGAUACUGACAGGCAUUCAGUAUGUUGUCUUACAUGUUCGUGUAGAUUUUGACAAACGGCCUUUGCACUUCAAAAAUAGUUUUGUGAUAAUAGCUUAGAUGAUGUAUAAGUCAAUGUGUGGGAUCCCAAGACAACGGAAGGAAAAAUUCCUUAGAGAUGGAUCUAUAAAAUAUGGCCAAAGCUAAGUUCAGUGCCAUACUGAUUGGCAGCAAGUAUUAAAAUUGAGAUCAGAAAGACCAAAACUAUAAAGGUUGACAGCUUUGCUUAUUGGAACCACUUGUUAUGCAUGCAAAAAAAAUACUGAGUGCAUGUACAUGAGAUUGAAUUUAGGCUUGCCCAAAGCAAGCCUUGCAUUCUAUCUUAUCAGGGCGCAAUUAAUCGCAGAUUUGCAGCCCUGUAAGAAUACCUGUAGGGCACAAAUUCUUUGUGCUGUUUAAAAGCAAGUCUACAGUACUUGUUGAUACAGGCACUUUGAUAUGGGACCUGUGGGGUGCACCCAAGUGUGGAAUGGAUUAAAGAGAUUAUAUGAUAUCCA